CGAUACUCGAUACUUGAUAUCGACAUCUGGCAGACGAUCACACUUCACACGUCAGACGAGUCGACUGAAUGUAAACGAAAAAGUUAGAAGGUGUUCUACAAUAAAGAGAAAGGAGUAACAGUACUCCGAAAAGUAAAAUAAAUUGUCCACCUGUGACAUUUUCGAUCAUGACGGAACCUGUUGCUUUGUCUUUAGCCCUGCUUUCCGCCUUGAUUGCUAUUGUGUCCUGUGAAUAUUCAGCUAGUGAAUGUAGAUCACUUGGAUUCAACAAAGCAAAUUUGCUGUGUUCUUCAUGCUUUUAUCUUGCUGAGCAUGAUUUAGAAGUUCUAGUAAGCCAAUGCCGUGAAUGUUGUUUACAGGAAGGAAGAAAUGAUUCUUUAACAUUAUAUCCACAAGCCAUCUUGGAAGUUUGUGGGUGAAAAUUAGGAUCAUACCCUCAAGUCCAGGCAUUCAUAAAGGGUGACAAGGCUCGUGGGUUUCCUAACUUAUCUAUCAAAUAUGUUCGUGGAGCAGACCCAAUUAUCAAACUGCUCGAUGCUGAUGGUGCAGUUCAAGAAGAAUUAGCUAUUGAUAAAUGGAACACUGACUCAGUGGAAGAAUUCCUAAAGAUGCAUUUGAUCAUGGAUCAUUCCAGCAAUGAUUUGUAAUUUUAAAGUGUUAAGUGUACUGCCAUGUAUUAUGAAAUCUUAUUCUGAAAACCUUGAAAAGGAAGGAAUGAGAUGGAUGUUUGACCAAAAAUUUGACUGGCUCCUGCACUGAAUCUGCUCUAUAAAUUACAUCAUUGCUAAAGCACAUAA